AUGUUAGGGAUUAGUCUCGCCCAUCUUCUACCAUGGACCUUCCGCAGGUAUAAACAAACUCCCGAAUUGGUUUAUUUCUCUUUUCAGAAGACUGUUGGUUAUGAACAGUCAGACUCAAAAUGUUGUGCAGCUGGGCAUUGGCUUUUUCCUUAUUUUCUUCGCCUUCAACUCGGCCUCAUUCGUAGAGGAAGUGGUCAUCGACAGUUUUGCUGAAGAUGGGAGGAUAACGAAACAUGCUGGAUAUAACAGGUAUCAUCAUUUCAGCACACAAUGAACGGUCAAUAAGUAAGAAGUAAAUGAUUGCAGCCUGGCUAUUAUUUAUGGAUCUUUUACAAUAUUCAAUUUCUUCGCCGCAUCUGUCGUCCAUACACUCGGUGUGAAGACGUCAAUGUUCCUUGCCGGAGCAACUUAUGCCUUGUUUCAAGCGGGUUUCCUCUACAUUAAUGACAAGUUCCUCUAUUUUAGCUCGGCUCUUUUGGGUCUGGGGGCCGCAGGUAAGAGGGAUGUCGUCAGGCUUGUGAUUUUCAGUCAUCUGGACUGCUCAGGGGAAAUAUUUAUCCAUGAAUUCGACGGAGGAUACCGCUGAGAGGCAUGCGGGAAUUUUCUGGGCGAUCUCCCAGGCAUGGUAAGCAUGCUUACUUUGGUCUGUUUUGUCUUAUUUUACACAUUUUUUAGUUUGUCAUGUGGCGGUGUCUUCAUGUACAUUGUUUUUAAUUCGGAUAGCGAUAAAAUAUCGGAUCAAACAAUCAUGGUACUGUAUGGCGUCUUUACAAGUGUUACGGUACUUGGGAUGAUCCUAAUUAUGUUGUUGCGUCAUUCCAAAGGCCAAACUGUCCACUCUCCUCUAAUGUCAGAGGUCCCGGAUCCUAGCCCGGAACCCCAUCUCACAUUGCCACAGCUGUUUCGUGAGCGAAUAUUCAAAUUCUAGUACCUAUUCAGAGUCCAUGUUUGUGUUGUGUCGUCAGAAACAGAUGUUGAUGUUGAUUCUGGUGUUUAUUUACACCGGUAUCUCACUGAGUUUCUGGGGAAGUAUCUAUCCGACUUGCAUCGGAUUCACAAUCUUAUUGGGAGAGAACACAAAACGUCUGAUUGCCUUGAAUGCGAUGGCUGAGGGAUUGGGGCAAGCUUCAGGUAAUGAUUAUAAUUUUUUAUUAGAUCAAAGUCAUCCCUAUAAAGUAAUGAAGUCAUCCGCUCUUUGCGGAUGAUGAGGAACUGGCGUUGUUACUGUUAUUGCCUCCUUCAUCCAUAGUAUUCUCGUCUUUCUCCAGCUCACCGCGGCAGGAGUCGAUGGCAUAGACCACAUAAACAUCACAGUCUUUAUCCCAUGUGAUCCUGAAUACAUGUAAAUAGUAAAAUCAAAACUUACACAUUAGUACAGAGAUUUUCUUCUUUGAAUUCGGGUUCCUUCUUUGGAUGAGGUUUGAAACUGUCGGGGAAUCGCUCUUUAACGGUCGCAUAGUUAUGAUUUGUAAUACUCUCAGGGCGCAGCUUCAGUACUGGAUAGAAUUGUCUCAUGUCGUGUCUCAUAUUAGCCUCCACGGAAGCUUCCAGGGGUUCUCCGAGCUCCAGAACCUUCAACUUGAUGUUCUUUUCGGCAUUGGUUAGAAGAUGUUUGUGUUCUCUGUUUCUUGGGUCUAGAUUUGGGAUCUUUGAGCUAGGUAUCAUUCCUGGCAUCAUCCGUCCUUCAGCGAAAUCUCGGUACCAAGCACGUCGAUGUAGACAUAGUAAUAUAGUAGGGACAAGCGAGGAGAUUACUAGGAAAACCAGAUAGUCAAGCAUGACCGAUAAUUCGAGUAAAAUCAAAUCAAAAUUUGUUUUCAUUUAGGCGGUUUCAUCUUCGGAAUUCUUGGUUCCAAGAAGUUCAACAUUUCACGGACAAAGGUGGUGUGUAUUGCCACAGCGAUUAACGUCGUAUCAUUUGUUGCUGUUUAUAUCAACUUCCCUAACGACGCGUCUUUGGGGAAGACUGCGGCUCCUGGCCACAUUAGUCCAAACAUUUACUUGGCCUUGGCUUGUGGAUUUCUUCUCGGUUUUGGAGAUGCAACAUGGAAUACUCAAGUGUUCGCUACUUUGAUCGGCAGAUAUUCGAAGCAAUCUGCACAGGCUUUCUCGAUAUUCAAAUUCUUCCAGUCAUUGAUGGCAGCAGUCGCCUUUUUCUGUGGUACAACAAUUCCCUUGGAUUAUCAUCUAAUUUUGUUAACCGUCACUUCCAUUGUUGCGUGUAUUGCUUUCUCCAUAUCGGAGCGAUUAAGUUUGUCACAAGAAGGAAUGGACAAUGAGGCAACACACGUUGAGUAA